AGCCCCGCCUGCUACGGCCAUGAGCCAUGGAUCAGGGCCGGGCACGCUGCCUGCCUCUGCUCUCAGGCAGUACCUGGCUCAGAGGCAGGAGGCAGGGGCAUACUACCAGCAGCCACAGCAUCAGGAGCAGCAGCAGCAGCAGCAGCAGCCACAGCAAUCGAAAGAUAAUGGCAUGGCAAAUGAGGCUGGUGAAAGGGUAACGGGUGGGCUUCCUGGGGAGGUGGAGGCUGGGCAGGUGCAUGUGGGAGGGUCUCAGGAUGAUAACGGGGCAGCAGGGAAGUGGGUGACGGGCAGCGAGCCAAUCACCCUAGAGGAAGCCACCCAGGGCCAUAGAGUGGGGCACCAAGGGGAGGAGGCCCAGCAGCAGCAGCAGCAGCAGUAUGUGAGCAACCAGCACAGCAGCAGCAGAAGCAGCAAGGCAUAGGUGCAGCAGCAGCAGCAGCAGCAGAGCCACCAGAGAAGCGGGGCGAGGAGAAGGACCCCCAGAGAGCGCACGAUUCCUUGCAAGAGCAGCUGGAAGGUGUGCCUGUUUUCUCCCAGAACGCCCUCUUUUCGCAGGGGCCUAUCUUCUCCCAAGGCACUCCAGAUGACUACCCCUUCCGCUUCCUCUCCACGCCUAGUGACGAGCCAGGGGAUACCUCUCCCAAGAAAACUGAGAGCGGGGC